UAGCACAUCACUGGAGAACAAAAAGGCUAUUGUGAGAUCCCCUUUACCUGAGAGUUUCUACAUUACUUUGGUUUUGCACACUUCUGCAGGUUUCGGUAUUCUUGUGAAGCUUGCCGUCUUGUGGAUUCAUCUAUUGGCUUUGAAACAGAUUGUCCUCAGUUGUCCUCCGGAUCCCUUGAGUGGACUUUUAGGAACAUGGUUGGAUGAUUUACAACUUGUUUUGCAGACCAAUUCCUUGUCACCCUGUGUGGGACCUUAUACCGUCCUUGUUCCCAUAAUGGCGAUGGGCUUCUCCCCAGAACAGGUGGUGUGUGUUUGUGAGGUUCUUCUCCAGAGUGGAAGCAUGGAUCGCUUGUCCUCAUUCUUAUGCUCUUUACCUGCCAAUGUGUAUCUGGGAAUGGCCCACAGUCAAGAGAGCGUGCUGAAAGCGCGGGCUGCGGUCGCCUUCCACCACUGUCGUUUCGCUGAGCUCUACGCCUUGUUAGAAGGGAACGUGUUCUCCCCGCGCAGUCACCCUCUGCUCCAGCAGCUCUGGCUCCAGGCUCACUACAAGGAGGCUGAAUUACAGAGGGGCCUCCCUCUUGGGGCCGUGGGGAAGUACCGAAUCCGCCGCAAGUUCCCUCUUCCUCGUACCAUCUGGGAUGGAGAGGAGACCAGCUACUGCUUCAAGGAAAGGUCUCGCAGUGUAUUGCGAGAGUGGUACUGCAGAAAGCCGUACCCCUCGCUGCGAGAGAAACGAGAUUUGGCUGCAGCCACUGGACUCACUGCUACACAAGUCAGCAACUGGUUCAAGAACCAUCGCCAGCGGGACAGAGCUGCGGCCAGCCGUCAGGGCAGGACAUCAGCAGGAGCGUUCCUGAGCUCUGAUGAGGAACUCUCACCGCCGGCGAGUCCCAGCACACUCUUCUCCUGCUCCCAGCAGCUCUCUCCCCACACGUCCUCUCUACGUCACCUGGGACCAACACACUACUGAAACUGAUGCAGUGGAAUACAGGAAUCCGUUUAACUUGGACAUGCAUCUCAAUACAGUAGAAAAGACAGACCUCUACUUCCAUUUCACAAUGACUUUUUGCAGACACAAAGAGUAACAUAUCAACACAUCAGCAGACUUUAAAUUGG